AUGGCGCAGGCAGAUGGACUCACCCCGCCCAGGGAUGCCCCUGGCCAGCCCCGAGUGUCCAAGCUGGUCCUCCUGGGAAGUGGCUCCGUGGGCAAGUCCAGCCUGGUGCUCCGGUACGUGAAGGACGACUUCAAGAGUGUCCUGCCGACUGUGGGAUGUGCGUUCUUCACAAAGGUGGUGGAUUUGGGAGCCUCGUCUCUGAAGCUUGAGAUCUGGGACACGGCUGGCCAGGAGAAGUACCACAGCGUCUGCCACCUCUACUUCAGGGGCGCCAAUGCCGCGCUGCUGGUGUACGACAUUACCAGGAAGGACUCUUUCCACAAGGCCCGGCAGUGGCUGGCAGACCUGGAGAAGGAGCUGCACCCAGGGGAGGGCGUGGUGAUGCUGGUCGGCAACAAGACGGACCUCGGCGAGCAGCGGGAGGUGACUUUCCAGGAAGGGAAGGAGUUUGCCGAGAGCAACAAGUUGCUGUUCAUGGAAACCUCUGCCAAGCUGAACCUCCAGGUGUCCGAGGUCUUCAGCACCGUGGCGCAAGAGCUACUGCAGAGGGAGGCCAGGCAGAGCCACAGCGCACAGGGGGACGCAGCCGUGGUUCUGAAUGCGGGUCCUGCCCCGCAGGCCAAAUGCUGUGCCCGUUAG